AUGUGUGGGCAAGGCUACGCGGAGUGGAUGAUGCAGCCUGGUCCUGCAGUUGAAGGCGAAGGUGUGACCGGUCUCACUGAGGCCGUGGCGUCCGCCAAAAUCAUCGAAAACCCGCCUUCUUUCCGUCGUCUGCCCAAGGUCUCAUUUUUGCCCGGAAAAAAUGACCGCUACGAGGAGGCUCUGACGAGCAUAAGCCUGGAGGAGGAUCGAGAACGGUGGCCCUCGUUUUGUCGCCAUGUUCUACUGGGAAUCGCCAUCAUCACAGGAGGCCCGGGCUAUGGCAAGACCACUGACAUGGCGAAGACCACACUCGCCAUGGAGUAUAGUCUCGGUCCUGUUUUCUGUACGGCGCCUGCCAAUGUGGCUGUUACCAACUUUGCGGUCCGCAUCGACAAGAUAACCCGUCAAGUUUGCCUGCAAUACAACGAUAAUCUUCCCGAGAGCACGCCGCGAGCUCGCCAUCGAAUGGUACUGCGUGGAUACAGGCGAGACCACGAGCUUGCCGCGUUCAAAGCUCUGCUGAAAGACCCUCGUCUUGGAGACAUGGCUGCUCCUCGCUUUCAAGAUCGCGCGGCGCCCUGGUGCCUCGAGUUGUCCGUGGCCUUUUGGCUCUUAGUGCUCUUGCGUUGCCCUGCUGUCCGAGACCUCCACAAAGAUGAUAAGGAGGCGUUGCACCAGCUUCAACGCGACAUCGAUACCAGACAGGACUGGGCCAGCCUUCGAGCUGUAGCCACUGGCAACAUCACCUGGGAUGAGUAUUCCAACGCGUCUCCAUCCCAUAAUCAGAUCUUGUCCACCGCCAUGGAUCAACUUGUCGUUAUGGCAGAUAUCCUGGCUACCACGCCUUCCCUGUGCGUCUCUGUCAAAGAGGUGUACAAUCGUUGGUGGUUGAAAGCGCAAGCUGUAGCCAUUGAUGAGGCGGCAAACAUGGACCGUGGUGACCUAGCGACCGCUUGGGGCAACAAGAUGCUGCCUCUUCUCUGUGGCGGAGAUACGGAGCAGCUCCCACCCACUGUACUAACUAAUGAUCACUGCCUCGACGCCUCUGGCAACGUUUACAACCAGUUCUCAAACGAUGGACAGGUGUCAGCCCAGGGCUUCUUGAUGGCAUCCGGACAUUUGGUCUACCGUAUGCGCCUUCAACUUCGUAUGGCCAAUGGUCUUUUCGACAUCGUCGGUAAAGUCAUCUAUCCAUCCAUACCAGUGAAAUAUGCGCCCAGCUGCAACAUUGACUUGCCGGAGUUCGAAAUUGGCCAUCGUCUGGAGAGCUUCUUCAGAGAGCGCUUCCCGGAAUUGGUCGCCCCGGCGGAAGGCAAGUUCGCGCCAAUCUUCGUGCACUGCCCCGAUACAGUCGUGAAAAUCGAUCACGUCAACGGCGGUAAACAAUCUCGCGAUCAGAUUCACACCGCCCUUAACAUGGUAUCCGAACUUGUCAAGAAGAAGUCCAUUGACGCUUCGAAGGUGGUGAUUCUGUCGCCUUACAAGUCGAAUGUGGAACUCUUGAGCACAUUGACACAGAAGCACUACCCCGAGCUCGCCACGAUGAGUCCCGCAUCGACCAUUGAUGGGUACCAGGGGCGGGAAAACGACAUUGUUUUCGUCGUAAUGGGCACCAAGGCCCGUCAACCUGGUCCCGGGUUCACGAAGAAACGGAGCCGACUCAACGUCCUCCUGACGAGGCAGCGGUGCGGUCUCGUCAUCAUUGGCGAUAUUAACGUCGUCGGGGAGAUGAAACCAAAGGACUUCGGCACCAUGCCUCAGCUGGACCUCCCAGCUGUAUCGGAGCUCACAUUGGCGAAAGCCCCGCAGUACUUCGUGAAGGGCACAGCCCAUGCUGAGGGGAGCGCCUCAGGGAUCCUGAAGGGCACGGCGCCCGAACAAUACCGAAUCUGGCUUUUGUUGUGGCAGAGUGGCAGGGUAGUGACCAUGUCUGGCAAAACUGCCGCGAACGAUGGCAGUCACGGCGUCAAGAGAGAACAUUCUGCAUCUCCGUGUGGCUUCUUUGGAGAAGCAGAUGAGGACGUAGACAUGGAGAGUGGCGGGGUCAAGGUAGAGGUGGAGGAGGCGGAUGAGGAGAAGAUCGAGGUCAAGACCGAGGAGGAGGAAUUUGAGGGACCUCUGAAGAAGAAGCAACGUUUGAUGUUUUAA